UGCUCCGAGUGGGCCGCCGCUGCUGCUCUCAUCGCGGCGUCUAAACUCCGCAUGAACCGCAGCCGCUGCUAACGCCGCACGCACCAGCGGGCCUCGGCGGCGCGGUUGUCGGUGGGGGCAUGCUGUCACUUCCCGGAGUGCGCCGCCUCUGUGCGCGCCAGGCCGCCUGUCGACCAGCGACUCUCGGCUGACCUUCGAUUGCGGAGGACACUACAGCCAUCGUACAGCAGCGGACCCACAUGGCUAUCCGACGCAAGAAACCGAGCCAGCCGGCUCGUCUGUCCGACCAGCCUGUCCAUCAGUACUCCAAGGCACAUCGAGUCUGCAAAGUCAACACCGGCAAUCAAGCUGUCCACAACCUGAUCGUCACGACGACGACGACGACAAGACUCCCGCGGCAGCCUCAAGACCGGAGAAACGACGGCGCCGAUGCGUCCAGCAGCAAAUGUUUUGCCGGCGGCCCGACGACCAGCAGUUCGGAACUGCCGAGCGCAGCGACGCGCGGCGGCGACGAGAACCGUUCCGACAAUGCGGCACUGCCGCAGUGCAAAGACGGGAACAACAGGACUGGCGACGAGGUCAUCUGCGCAGAGGGCAAUGGCAGUGCACAGGAGGACGGUGUGCGCAGGUUGCAGAACCGGUUGCGCGACAACUGGUCCAAGCUGGUCACGGACAGGAUCACCAUGAUGGCGUUCGCGCGCUCCCUCAAGGGCCACAAGUGCCCUACGGUUCUCUACUGUCAAAGUUAACUCCGCCUAACAGUACGCACGCGCUCUUUCCUCUUGUGCAUAUAACCGCAUUGUACACUGACCCUUAGGAAUAUGCAUUAGAAAGCCAAAGCGAUCAUUACAAUGGGUGUACUUUUGAGGAAGUUCCCGCAAACGCAGACUAUCUUAGCUUUGAUGUAUUGUCAUUACACUGAAAAUGUUAGUUCUCCGGUGCGGAACGCAAGCUCAGAGAGUGAGAACAAAAAUUUAACCGCGCAUACCCGAAAAAAAAAGUAUAUAUAUAUAUAUAUAUAUAUAUAUAUAUAUAUAUAUAUUUACAGCCCAGGCACAGGCAUAAAAUUAAUAAAUAGAAGCUGUACUAGCAAUGAAAAUCCUGUGAAAUUGAAGCUGAUUCUAGGAAGCAAGACAUUUAGGCCUUUUUUUUUUUGUGAAACCCAUGACUUAUGAUAAGAAUUUGCCUAUGGGUGUACAAGAGUCCCACACCACAUCCACAUUCUAUAGAAAACGCUUGCCUCCAGCAUAAAAUGUUCUUUCUUUGGCUGGUCAGUACUGCUGAAAGUGUUCAGAGGUCAAAAAGAAUACUAAAGAAAAAUAUAUUGUAUGUAAAUGACACACUAGCUCCCCAUGGCAUCAUGAUUGUGUCAACAUCUUGUUGAUGCAUGUUGAAUGUUAGAUUAUAAGAAAGGAUGAUAGUGUAGAAACGAACUGAUAUUUAAGUUGGCAGCAUUUGUGUUCUUUUCCUUCCAAAAAGACUCAAAAGCAGAAAGAUAUUGCAUACUGAUGUUGUUGGCACUGCAGUUGGCCAUGCACAAUCCAAGAAGGAAAACUCUACCCUUUAUAUUUUGCAUUAGUAAGUCGUAUAUUUCCACCACAAGCUAGCUAGCGCAAAACAGGGGUAAUUGGAGAUCGCAGCGGAGAGGCCUUCGUCCUGCAGUGGACAUAAAUAUAGGCUGAUGAUGAUAUUUCUACCAGGAAGACACAGAAGAACCUUCGAAAGAUUGAUCUGCCAGUCGCACUUGGCUUAAUGCUUUUCUUUAGUGCCCUUUUAAUAUAAUUUAUCUGUAGUGGUACAUGAUGACACUCGGUUACUGCUCUCAUACAAUGGUCAAAGCAUCCAUGCAGCUUCCACACUGUCAUCCUAGCCUUUAUGGAGUAAAUUGCUAACAAGAGCUCUACUCUCAUCAAGGCAUAGCUCAGAAAGCUGCGUGCAGCUGAAAACAAGCAGCUGUAAAAGGCUUACAGACACAGUGCAGUGGAUGAGCUGUUCUUCAUGACUGCACAUCUAUAGCGCUUUACUUUUGUAUUCACGGCACAUACAAACUUCUUGACCAGCACAAUAACAAAGCUUCACGCCACGAUUACAUACAGCAUUGCCUUUGCGAGAACACAGCUUUCCUCAGGUUCUGUGCCGAGACCCUGCACAAUAGUAGCAUUUUUACCCAAUUAAAGCAUGCUCCAUACGACCCAACUUAAAUGCAUUAACACUGCAUAUUUUAUAUCUUAAGAAACAGCAUAUACUAAAGCCAAACAUAGUUUGUGUAGCUGCUUGGUACUUGUGUGACAGCAGUGUUUUAAAAUGAACAGAUUAAAAUAUAAAUGGGUCUUUUUAUGUGGCUGCAGUGCUUUAAUAUUUACCAUGGACUGAGUAAAAGUUGUGAACAGUGUUGAAACCUUAAUAGUACCAAAUUGCUUUACUAAUAGUGUACUGCUGCCAUGAAUGCCUGAGUCUGGCUGGCCAAGACAAUGAAAAUGUAACUACGAUAGUGUAGAAAAAAGCUAUUAACAUAUUGCUUUAUGUCCACUGCAAAGUGUGCUCUAGAGCAGCACUGCCAGAUUUGUGCGACUUUGCUUCAUUGCUUAUGUUGUGAACGAUGUUGAUUGUUGUUGGCAGCGAACAGUGCCAUCUGAGGAGUGCUAGUCAAUGAAAAGUCUAUCUUCUCUAUAGACUAUUAUAUAGUCUUUGUGUUCUUUUGUAUUGUCCAUUUGAUGAAACCAAGGAGCAAACAGUAAAAGGCAAAGUAUUUUUAUUACAAUGAAA